AUGGUUCUCUCUGACCAGGAAUUGUUUGAAUUAAACAAAAAAGCUGUUCAACAAGGAUUCAAUAUUAAACCAAGAUUAAAUUAUAAUACGGUUAGUGGUGUUAAUGGUCCCUUAGUUAUUUUAGAGAAAGUUAAAUUCCCACGUUAUAAUGAAAUUGUUAACUUAACUUUACCUGACGGUACAAUCAGACAAGGUCAAGUCUUGGAAGUCCGUGGUGAUCGUGCUAUUGUUCAGGUGUUUGAAGGUACUUCAGGUAUUGAUGUUAAGAAGACUACCGUCGAGUUUACUGGUGAAAACUUAAGAAUUCCAGUAUCUGAGGACACUCUAGGUAGAAUUUUUGAUGGGUCCGGUAGGCCAAUUGAUAAUGGUCCAAAAGUUUUUGCAGAAGAUUAUUUAGAUAUUAACGGUUCUCCAAUCAACCCAUAUGCCCGUAUCUACCCGGAAGAAAUGAUUUCCACAGGUAUAUCUGCUAUUGAUACGAUGAAUUCUAUUGCCCGUGGUCAAAAAAUUCCAAUCUUUUCAGCAUCUGGUUUGCCACAUAAUGAAAUUGCAGCUCAGAUUUGUAGACAGGCAGGUUUAGUCAGACCAACGAAGGAUGUUCAUGAUGGUCAUGAAGAAAAUUUUUCUAUUGUUUUCGCUGCCAUGGGUGUUAAUUUAGAGACUGCUCGUUUUUUUAAACAAGAUUUUGAAGAAAAUGGUUCAUUAGAACGUACUUCUCUAUUUUUAAAUUUAGCCAACGAUCCAACCAUUGAGAGAAUCAUUACUCCACGUCUUGCUUUAACCACAGCAGAAUACUUAGCCUAUCAAACUGAACGUCAUGUAUUAACAAUUUUAACUGAUAUGUCAUCAUAUGCUGAUGCAUUAAGAGAAGUUUCUGCAGCACGUGAAGAAGUUCCGGGCAGACGUGGUUAUCCAGGUUAUAUGUAUACAGAUUUAUCCACGAUCUAUGAACGUGCAGGUCGUGUUGAAGGACGUAAUGGUUCAAUUACUCAAAUUCCCAUUUUGACUAUGCCAAAUGAUGAUAUUACACAUCCAAUCCCGGAUUUAACUGGUUAUAUUACAGAGGGGCAAAUAUCUGUAGAUCGUCAAUUACACAAUAAAGGUAUCUAUCCACCAAUUAAUGUUUUACCAUCAUUGAGUAGAUUAAUGAAGUCUGCUAUUGGUGAAGGCAUGACUCGUCGAGACCAUGGUGAUGUUUCCAAUCAAUUAUAUGCCAAAUAUGCUAUUGGUAGAGAUGCAGCAGCUAUGAAAGCGGUUGUUGGUGAAGAAGCAUUGUCUAUGGAAGAUAAAUUAUCAUUAGAAUUUUUGGAGAAGUUCGAAAAGACCUUUAUAUCCCAAGGUGCAUAUGAAAAUCGUACAGUAUUUGAAAGUUUAGAUCAAGCAUGGUCACUACUAAGAAUUUAUCCAAAAGAAAUGUUAAAUAGAAUUUCACCAAAGAUUUUAGAUGAAUUUUAUGAUAGGGCAAGAGAUGAGGAAGAAGAGGAAGAAGAUGAUAAUGAUGAAGAAAAUUUAGAUGUUAGACCUUCUGAGGAACCAUCUCUAAUUUAA